AUGAAAUUUCUACUGCAGAUGGGCAUCCCUGUUUGGCUCUGGCUUCUAGCCAUGAUUGGUCUCACGAUUGUUUUGUUUUUUGCAGUGCAACUCGUCGAUCAGAUUAUAUUUCACUUUCACACUCCAUCUUCUCCUUUAAUUGCGUACAAACGCAAAGGCCCUAAGCCCACCUACGCACUCGUGACUGGUGCUAGCGCUGGCAUCGGCUAUGGCAUCGCAAAGACACUUGUGAGGCACGGAUUUGGUGUCAUCCUUCUUGGGCAUCUGGCGGAAGAGGUUACUCAAGCCGCUUCGGAGCUUCAGUCAAUGGAUGAGAACAUUCCUGUCAAGACUAUCGUCAUGGAUGCACAGACCGCUACAAUGGAAGACAUUCGGACCACCAUCAAAAACACCAUUGAAAAUGCCGGGUUGCAGGUAUCCAUUCUCGUCAACAACGUGGGGUCCAACCCCGUCGCUCGUCCACCUUUCCGCGCCUUGUCAACCUAUUCCAACGAAGACAUUGAUGGGGUCAUUGAUUUGAACGCGAGGUUCAUGGCACGUCUGACCAGCUUGAUGUUACCGAUCCUUUGCAACACAGGCGGCACGUCCAAGCAACCAAGGCUACGACAACGCUCGCUGAUAUUAAACAUCAGCUCGGGUGGGAUGAUUGGUAGUCCAUGGCUGGUCAUGUACUGUGCAACUAAAGCUUUUAACUGGGCCUUCAGUAUCUCUCUAGCCAGAGAAUUGGAGGCUAGCAAGGAAACUUCGCACGUGGACUCCUUGUGCGUUGUACCUGGGGAUGUGAGGAGCCAAGGCAAUUGUAUUCAAUCUACCAAAGGGGCCCCGGACUCCGACACCUUUGGCAGAUUAAUUGUGGAGAGGACCGAUGGGGCCAUUGCUAGAGGAUGGCGGGAAAUGCGGCCAUACUGGCUCCAUGAGUUGCAGUAUACCUUGCUACGCUUGAUUCCGGAGAGCACGCGAACAAGGGCUUUAAUCGAUGUGCUGGGUAAGAAGAGGGAUGGUUUCAAUGCCGCUUAUCCAAAAGACGAUUAA